AUCAAGCACCUAGACAUGCAGACUGCUUCUACAAACAUUUGUGAAAGAAUGGAUUGCUCUCAGGAGCUCAGUGAAUUCAAGUGUGGUACCGUGAUAGGUUGUCACCUGUGCAAUAAGUCCAUCCGAGAAAUUUCCUUGCUACUAAAUAUUACAUGGCCAACUGUUAGUGGUAUUAUAACAAAGUGGAAGCAACUGAGAACAUCAGCAACUCAGCCAUAAAGUUGUAAGCCAUGUAAAAUGACAGAGUGGAGUCAGCACAUGCUGAAGCGCACAGUGCGAAGAAGUUGCCAACUGUCUGCAAAAUCAGAAGCUAAAGACCUCCAAACUUCAUGUGGUCUUCAGAUUAGCACAACAACAAUGUGUAGAGAGCUUCAUGGAAUGGGUUUCCAUGGCCGAGCAGCUGUAUUCAAGCCUUACAUCACCAAGUGCAAUGCAAAGUGUCGGAUGCAAUGGUGUAAAGCAUGCCAACACUGAACUCUAGAGCAGAACUUGUCUGACUGCAUUGUACCAAGUGUAAAGUU